CGCACUGUUCAAACAGCCUCCCCAGCCUCCAGACACCUGCACCGAGGAGGAGGGCAGGGCAGGCAGCAGCCUGGGCACAGGUCCCUAGGUGCUUACUCCUCACCUGUUUCCCACCUCUCCCCCAUAGCCAGCCCCACGGCCCUGGCAGGGUCCUGGCCACAGCAUGCCCAAUGCUGGGCUCUGCAGCUGCUGGGGUGGCCGGGUGCUGCCUCUGCUGCUGGUCUAUGUCUGCUACCUGCUGCUCGGUGCCACCAUCUUCCAGCUGCUAGAGAGGCAGGCGGAGGCUCAGUCCAGGUACCACUUUCAGUUGGAGAAGCUGCGCUUCCUGGAGAACUACACCUGCCUGGACCAGUGGGCCCUGGAGCAGUUUGUGCAGGUCAUCAUGGAAGCCUGGGUGAAAGGUGUGAACCCCAAAGGCAACUCCACCAACCCCAGCAACUGGGACUUUGGCAGCAGUUUCUUCUUCGCAGGCACAGUCGUCACCACCAUAGGAUAUGGGAACCUGGCACCCAGCACAGAGGCAGGUCAGGUCUUCUGUGUCUUCUAUGCCCUGUUGGGCAUCCCGCUUAACGUGAUCUUCCUCAACCACCUGGGCACAGGGCUGCGUGCCCACCUGGCCACCAUUGAGAGAUGGGAGGACAGGCCCAGACGCUCCCAGGUACUGCAAGUCCUGGGCCUGGCUCUGUUCCUGACCCUGGGGACGCUGGUCAUUCUCAUCUUCCCACCUAUGGUCUUCAGCCAUGUGGAGGGCUGGAGCUUCAGCGAGGGCUUCUACUUUGCUUUCAUCACUCUCAGCACCAUUGGCUUCGGGGACUAUGUUGUUGGCACAGACCCCAGCAAGCAUUAUAUCUCAGUGUACCGGAGCCUGGCAGCCAUCUGGAUCCUCCUUGGCCUGGCGUGGCUGGCGCUGAUCCUCCCACUGGGCCCCCUGCUUCUGCACAGAUGCUGCCAGCUCUGGCUGCUCAGUAGGGGCCUCGGCAUGAAGGACGGGGUAGCCCCUGACCCCAGUGGGCUCCCCAGACCUCAGAAGAUCCCCAUCUCUGCAUGAGGCCCCCAGUGGGGGGGCCCAGAAACCCCUUUCAUCCUCCUCAGUCCCACCCUAUCUGCUCUCUGGAUUUCCAGCCCUGCCUUCUCCUCUCCCAACCCCCUCACUUCUCAGCCAGGGCUGGUCUCAGGAGCUCUCCCAAGAGAGAAAGGAGACAGGUAUGUCCAAGAAAGUAACAGAGAGGAGAUAUGAAAUAGGAUUAAACACAUGUGUGGCUGGAGAGGUGCACCCUUGUCCCAGAGCCCCUGCCACAGCCUUCCACCCAAAGGUAGCCUGGAAGAGUGGCCAGAUUUCCAUUGUCCUCCCCAUGCCCCCUUCUGAGAGACCUUACACAAACAAAGGAUGACUUUACUUUUGCCUCAUUUGAUACCUGCACAGUGCAUUUGCCAAGCCCCUACUAUGUGCCAGGUGCUGAGCCAGGGUCUAUGCCAGGGUCUGGGGAUACAGCAGUGGACGUGCCUGCCCUUGAUGUGCCUUUAGUUGCUAGACAAGCAAAGAGGCAGCCCCAACACAGUGCCCAAAACGCUAUGAUAGGAAUAGCCCCGGGGUUGAUGAGAGCCCAUGGGAUGGCUGCAGGGAGCAUCAAAGAGAGGGGAGAGCUGGGCAGAGACUUUGGAACAAUCUUAGUGAAAAGAGGAUCUCUGCCCUCCGGAAGCUCUCAGCCGAGGGGCAGGCGAGCUGCCUCUCAAAGCUCGCCAGCUCCCCAGGGCUGUCUGUGAACAAGGCUUAGGACCUCUUGGGUGUCCCACCCACUUUCCUGGAUGUGGCCUCCCCUGACCCUCACAGGCCACCCCCUUAACUUCAUCACUCCCCUGGGCUCCUGCCUUCUCAAGAGCCUUUCCAGACACCCCCUGGGAAGCCAGAGAGCCAGCAGAUCCCAGGAUCCUUCCAGAAAGUGAGGUCCAUGAACGUCUGGCCUCUCUCAGGAAUGCAUUAUCCAGAUCUGGCCUUUCCCCUGCCAGAUUGCAACAUCCCUGACCAGAAGGAGAGAUUUAGACCACUCCAUCCAGA